CAGAGAGCAACUGGUAACAUGGAUUGCACCUCGGAAGGGGACAGCUGAACUCUCCCUCUGGCUUUAGUGAGGAAAGAGCAGCGAUGAAAUCCGUGGACUGUGUGCACGUCAUCCAGCAGAAGGAUACCGCCUCCUCUCCCUCUGCCCCCCCUGGUGCUGCUUCAGGCACCACGGGACUUUUUUCUGUCACAUUCCUGUGGCUUGCAAUGCUCCUGUCCUCUUGUCUUGCAGCAGUGUCUCUUUACCAUGUUAUCACCCUGAAAACAGAACUAGAAGCUCUGCGCAGUGAGCUGAUCUACAGGGUCCAGGCAAGGUCUUCGCUAGACUGGCCACCCGUGUCCCCUGAUGAAAACAAAGUGGGUACCCCUGUCGCUUCCUUCCUGCAAGUGUCUGCAGCUGGAGCCAGGCAGGAGAACAGGCUUCCUGGUCCCGGCCCAGCUGAAAGCUUCCGAAAGGAAAUCUGGAAUGGGAGCAGAAACAGGGGGAGAAGGUCUGUUGUCCACACAGAAGAAACAGUGCUGCAGGCCUGCUUGCAACUUAUCGCUGACAGCAAAAGUGAUAUCCAACAGAAAGAUGAUUCAAGCAUUGUCCCUUGGCUUCUGAGCUUUAAACGUGGAACAGCUCUGGAAGAACAAGGAAAUAAAAUAGUGAUCAAAGAAACAGGAUAUUUUUUCAUAUAUGGCCAGGUUUUAUAUACCGAUACGACAUUUGCUAUGGGACACCUAAUACAGAGGAAGAAGGCCCACGUGUUCGGUGAUGAUCUCAGCUUGGUGACAUUGUUUCGUUGCAUCCAAAAUAUGCCACAGUCUUAUCCGAAUAAUUCUUGCUAUACUGCUGGCAUUGCAAAAUUAGAAGAAGGGGAUGAACUUCAACUUACAAUACCACGGAGAAGUGCCAAAAUAUCCUUGGAUGGAGAUGGUACUUUUUUUGGUGCAGUUAGACUCCUCUGAGGCUCUUCAUUUCUGUUAUUAUGCUUAAUGCAGUUUUCUUCUUUUCCUAUGCCUUUGUCAGAAAAAAUACUGAAUUGUAAUAAAGCUGCCAAUUCAGUCUCUCCCCAUCUGCCACCAGCUUCUGAGAACUUUUCUUCGCUUUAAUAAGUGAACCCAAAACAGGAAACACACCAGACGUACUUGUGAGAUGUAACCAUUAUGUGACUGGGAAAGCAAAUAUAUUGUAGACAAUGGGUGACUCUAAAUAAGAGCUGUAAAGCAAUGUUUUUUCAGCUUUGAAAUAAUUUCUUGUCCAUAAGGCAAAUCAAAGAAGCUGACCAUAAAAUAUAGCAUAAACAGGACUAUUGACUAUCGAAUUAUUAUUCAUAAUUGGAAAGAAAAACUAAAACACAAGUACCUCUCAUAUUAGAUUUGCUUUGUUUCAUCAAUAA